CGUGUAAUCUAAUACAUUUAAUCUAAUAUGUUUAAUUAGUUGACGGUUAAUUAGUUGUUGGAAUGCAAUUAAACAACGUAUAACAAUUCAGAAUUUACUUUCACCUUUAAAAACAUCGUUCUAUUUUAUAUAUAUUUCAUGAACAAUGCGCAAGAUAUGAAAAACAAAGAAAUGCCGCGACAGAGAUAACAAAGAAUAUUCCUCAUACCUGAUAUUUAAUGUUAUUUUGUUAGAUUAUCUUCUCACACACAAGACAUCGAUGAAUACUUAAAACAUCGUCAAUUAAACAUCAACGAAGCUAUAAGCUUUGAAACUCAUUUAUAAUUAUGUGUUUUGUGUCCACCAUGAGUUGUAAUUCUGUUUACACACUUUUUUAUCGUCGUUUUUAUCUGCCGUCAAACCACACCCUUAAUUUACGUUUGUGUACAAUAGACCACUCAAAUUGCACGUAUCGUUGUGUUCAGAAGCUUGUGUAUAUAUUUACGUCAUCCUCUACGUCGAAUCGUAUUUCCGGCAACCUAAGAGGAGGUUACAGUCAGGCUGGCCCUACGUGGACACAGAGAACUUGGCAAAAAAAGGAGACGACGCUGCACUACACGGAAAACACACGAUUUGGAGAUUAAACAAAGGGUUUCCUUGGCUCGCGAAAAGAUUUGUGCUUCCUCGAGAAACGCCAUGAUUAACUCUUAACGCUCCGACUUUUAAUUGUGAAUAUCGACCGGCAACUCCAACUCUCAUUCUCAUCAUACUUCGAUUUGCAAGUUUUUAAAUAUCAAAUUUUAAAGGGUAGAGCGCCGCACAUCGGUGGUGCUAGAGAGGCACAUUUGUAGAGUUAAGGUUAAGUUGUGCGCGAAAUAAAUUAAAUGGCGGGAAUGCCUCCGUAUAAAUAAUCGUACGAGUUCAUUAUGAAGAUAUAUUCGUUGAUUUACACAUUUGUAGCGUAUAUUUUUAUAGUGAUGGCUGAUAGAAGAAAUAUCAUCUUAUCGAAGGGAAAGUCGUGGAUUGCAGAUGAGUAUUUUACGAAACUUAUCAAGUUGUCGUUUACUUCUUCUGGAUGCUGCAACGUUUUCUUAAGUGAUACGACUGAAGAUUCGGAAACAUUGUUCAGUCAAUUCAGAAGCAUCUAUCCAUCCAAUUACCUCUUGAAAUCGAACACGCACGACUGCCACGAAUUCUUUUUGUUGGGAUCAAGUGAAGAAGGAAUCAUGGAGUCUAUAAAAAAAAUACCGUUGCUACAGUGGAAUACAGAGAUUCUGAUUAUAGUGAAUAACGAUAUUUCCAAUGAUUCUCGUCUAUUGAAUAAUUCUAUGUACGGAAUUGCAAACAUAAAUAUUGUCUCUAUGUCGGGAAUGUGGAUACUAUCGAAAGACUACAUAAAACCGCGAGUCUUUACUAAAGUUGACAGAUACAAGGAAAUCCAGAUAAACGACAAGGUAAACUUUCGUGGUAGAGAAUUACAAGUCUGCAGCGAUUAUAUUCCCCCUAUGACGUACUUAAACCAUACAAUUCAAAAAACGAUUAAUGGUGUACAAGCAGAAGUAUACACAAUGGAUAGCGAUUUGGAUUGGGACGGUAUCGAAAUGCAGUUGUUUCUAAUAAUGGCGGAGAAAUUAAAUUUCACGUGGACUUUGAGAAAACCAGAGGGAAACUACACAUAUGGCAAACGAAUCAACGACACAUAUUGGACGGGCGGUAUAAUGCAAAUGAUACGUGAUCAAAAGGUAGAUUUAGCGUUCGCCAGUAUUUGGCUAAUAUUGGAUCAAGAAACAUUCGUACAGUUAUCCGAACCUUGGUAUCAACUACAUAUACAUUUUUUGGUACCUCGUCCUCAUCGAACCACAGGCUUUUUGGCGCUCAAAAGACCAUUCUCAGAAGAAGUUUGGCUCUUACUCUUAUCUGUAUUGCUUCUACACAGCUUCUAUACAUAUGUUCGGACUUGGAUUGAUCCCAAAUUUCCAAAACGAUAUCGUAAUUUUCUAAUUAUCCUAAUCGAUCUGAUCGGCUGUGUACUAAGCAUGUCGGUACCGAAGAGUGUCGGAACCACGAUGAACAAACUACAGAUUCUUUUCUGGCAGAUUGCGGGCUGGUUAAUAAUUACAGCUUAUUGCAGUAGCCUUGCAGCUAGACUUGCGAGUUCAGGCUACGAGGACAGGAUCGAUACCAUCGAACAAUUUGUUCAAGCAAAUUUGCAAUGGGGAAAAACGGGUCAACCACCUCCGUUCGCCGAUUUCUUCGACCUCACGAAUCCACAUGCAGCGCAACUGCCAAAUAGAUAUCGUCAAGCACAAAAUAGUACACAGUUAAGACAAUUUAUUAUGCAAGGUAAUUACGCUAUUCCAGGAAGAAUUAUAGACACCGUUUUUUUUCCAACCGACUAUAUAUCAAACGAAGACUUAAAGAAUUACAGAUUGAUGAGAGAACCUGUGGGACACUUUUAUGCUGUUUUUGCCGUUCAACCAUGGCUUCUGAAACCCAUAAACAGGAUCAUUCUCUGGUUAAAGGAAACCGGUAUCGUUAUUUGGCAUUUGCGCGAUAUUAUUCGCAGACGGGAUAACUAUAAUUUACGCGAGGUUCUCGUGGAGCACGAUAAGUACGACGGACACGUGCAAGUUCUCGGAUUGAUGCCGCUCGGCGCUGGAUUCUCCUUGUUACUCGUUGGCAUGUCGAUUGCAACGUUUGUAUUUUACUUGGAGUUGAGACGCACUGCUAAAACUACCUCUGUUAACAAUCGUCUUCGCGAUAUCGAUAAAAAACACGAUGCAUAAAAAUUCGAUUUCACAGAUGACGCAAUCAUAAACAUACAAUAAUGUUAUAUAAUUGCUAGAUCAUUGUACAAAUAAAGCAAUCUCGUCAUCAAGUUGUUGACUAUACUAAUCUUUACAAAAAUGUGAAAUAUCUCAGCAUUAACAAUUUGAGGACGAGAUUUUGUUGUCAUUUCUCGACGAAAUAUGUAUUAUUGCAAUUUGUACGUUUAAGAAUUUAGAAAGAACAAAGACUCUUAAAAGUUUAGAAAGUAAAUUGUAAUCUAGACUCCGAAAUAUUGCACAACAAUAACCGCUGAAUGUCAUUCAUGGAACACUGAACAUCGUGUAUACAUAUGUGGUAUGCAAGCACAACCAACGUAGAAAUAUAGUGUGAUCGUGUAGUAGCAUAGUCGUGAUUUGAAUACAUCUGCUUACUAUUGAUUCCAAUAGAAUAAAAUAGAUAAUACACAGCUCAAUAAAAUAAUAUAAAAU